AUGCGGCCCCCGCUGCUGCUGCCGCUGCUCGCCGCGCUGCUCCGCGCGCCCUCCGCGCACGGCCUCAACGGGCUGGAGGCCAAGGCGGGGGCCAGCGCCGAGGCGGCGGCGGAGCCCACGGCGCUGCCCACGGCGGCCGAGCGCGAGGCCGAGGCGCGCUUGGUGACCACGGCGCCCACGCUCAAGCUGCUCAACCACCACCCGCUGCUCGAGGACCUGCUGCACGAGGCCUUCCUCAAGAAGGACUACCUGGCGCAGGCGCCCCCGCGGCCGCCCGCCCGCACCCCGCCGCCCGCCUUCGCCCCCGCGCCGCUCACCACGGCCGCCGGCCGCCCCGGCACCUGGGAUGCGCCCAGGGCGCCCGCCACGGAUGCGCCCGCCGCGGAUGUGCCCGCCGCGGAGCCCAGCGUGGAGCCGCCCUCUGUGCCGAGCGCCUCCCCGGACCCCCCUGGCACCCCGGAGGAGCCCCCCGCCACCUCCACCAUCACCACCACCACUGUCACCACCGUGCAGGGGCCGCCGGGCGGGCAUGAGGUCCCCGGGGGGCUCCCCGCGGCGGCCCCGGCCCCCUGCAACCGCAGCCUGGCGGGGCCCGAGGGCUCCGUGGCCUCCCCGGAGCCCGCCGGGGUGCCGCACGCCGGCAGCCUGGAUUGCACCUACAGCAUCUCCGUGUACCCCGGCUACGGCGUGGAGAUCAAGGUGCACAACGUGAGCCUGGCGGCGGGCGAGACGCUGACGGUGGAGGGCGCCGGCGGCGCCGAGCCGGCCCUGCUGGCCAACGAGUCCUUCCUGCAGCGGGGCCAGGUGAUCCGCAGCCCCGCCAACCUCGUCACCCUGCGCUUCCAGAGCCCCCAGCCCGAGCGCCCCGGCACUUUCCGCUUCCACUUCCAAGCCUACCUGCUGAGCUGCCCCUUCCCGGCGCGGCCGGCGGCCGGCGACGUCUCGGUGAGCAGCUUGCACCCCGGCGGGGACGCCCGGUUCCGCUGCGCCGCGGGCUACCAGCUGCAGGGCGCCCGCGCGCUGGCGUGCCGCAACGCCACGCGGCCCUUCUGGAGCGGCCGCGAGCCCCGCUGCGUGGCGGCGUGCGGCGGCGUCAUCCGCAACGCCACGGUGGGCCGCGUCGUCUCGCCCGGCUUCCCCGGCAACUACAGCCACAACCUGACGUGCCACUGGCUGCUGGAGGCGCCCGCCGGGCACCGCCUGCACCUGCACUUCGAGAAGGUCUCGCUGGCCGAGGAUGACGACAGGCUCAUCAUCCGCAACGGGAACAACGUGGAGGCGCCGCCGGUGUACGACUCGUACGAGGUGGAGUACCUGCCCAUCGAGGGGCUGCUCAGCACCGGGCGCCACUUCUUCGUGGAGCUCACCACCGACAGCAGCGGCGCCGCGGCGGGCAUGGCGCUGCACUACGAGGCCUUUGAGCGCGGCCACUGCUACGAGCCCUUCGUCAAGUACGGCAACUUCACAGCCAGCGACAGCCGCUACCCUGUGGGCACCACGGUGGAGUUCAGCUGCGACCCCGGCUACACGCUCGAGCAGGGCUCCACCAUCAUCGAGUGCGUGGAUCCCGGAGACCCGCAGUGGAACGAGACGGAGCCGGCGUGCCGCGCCGUGUGCAGCGGGGAGCUCACGGACGCGGCCGGCGUGGUGCUGUCGCCCAACUGGCCCGAGCCCUACGGCAAGGGCCAGGACUGCAUCUGGGGGCUGCACGUGGAGGAGGACAAGCGCGUCAUGCUGGACGUCCGCGUGCUGCGCAUGGGCAAGGGCGACGUGCUCACCUUCUACGACGGGGACGACCUGACGGCGCGCAUCCUGGGCCAGUACACGGGCACCCGCGGGCGCUUCAAGCUCUACGCCUCCACGGCCGACGUCACCAUCCAGUUCCAGUCGGACCCCGGCGCCGGCGUCUUCGGCUACCAGCAGGGCUUCGUCAUCCACUUCUCCGAGGUGCCCCGCAACGACACGUGCCCCGAGCUGCCCGAGAUCCCCAACGGCUGGAAGACCACAUCGCACCCCGAGCUGGUGCACGGCACCGUCGUCACCUACCACUGCUACCCCGGCUUCGAGCUCGCCGGCACCGACGUCCUCAUGUGCCACUGGGACCUCACGUGGAGCGGCGACCUGCCGGCGUGCGAGCGGGUGACGUCCUGCCGCGACCCCGGCGACGCGGAGCACGGCCGCAGGGUGGUCUCGAGCGCCAAGUUCCCCGUGGGGUCCACGGUGCAGUACGUGUGCGACAAGGGCUACGUGCUGGCGGGCGCCGCGCUGCUCAGCUGCCACGACCGCGCCGCGGGGGGACCCAAGUGGAGCGACCGCGUCCCCAAGUGCAUCCCGGAGACGUACGAGCCGUGCCACAACCCCGGGGCGCCCGCCAACGGCGCGCAGAGCCCCGAGCGGCGGCUGUACCCGGCGGGCGCCGCGCUGCGCUUCUCCUGCGCCGCCGGGCACGUGCUGCUGGGCGAGGGCAGCCUGCGCUGCCUGCCCGGGCACCCGUCGCGCUGGAGCGGCUCGCCGCCCAUCUGCAAAGCGGCCUCCUACGAUGAGUUCUACAGCAACCGCAACCUGGACGCCGUGGCCAAGGCGGUGCCGGUGGCGGCGGGGAAGCCGCUGGAGGGCCCCAACGUGGCCAUCGCCGUCCUGCUGCCCGUGCUGGCCGUGGCGCUGCUCGCCGGCGCCGCGUACCUCUAUUUCUCGAGGCUGCAGGGGAAGCCGGCGCUGCAGCUGCCCCUGGCCUCCUCGCACCCCUACGACCACAUCACGGUGGAGGCGGCCUUCGACAACCCCACCUACGAGACCGGAUCUGCUUUCUUUGCAGGAGACCAGAGAAUAUGAGGUGUCCAUCUAGGCGGAGG